AGAUGGGUCAGGCAGCUGCAGCAGGGGCUUGCCGACGCUCUCAAAAAGAACUCCCUGGCAGAAGCUUCACUUGAAGCUAAGAAGCGCUACAGCAGGGACCUGCAGGAACAGAAACUGCAGUUGCAGAAGGAACUGGACAGGUCUAAAGCUAAGCUGCAGGAAUUGAGAGAACGGCGUACCCAGACUGAGUGUUAUGCCGAGUCCCUGAAGAACGCCAUAAAGAAUAAAAAGAGGGAACUAACAACUUCCAGGAACCUGCAGGGCCUUCUGGUCGCGUCUUCUCGAACUGCGGCUAUCCCAGAGCUGGAAGAACGCAAGCAACGGCUCCAAGUGGAAAAGGCCAGGCUGGAAGCCACAGCCCAGCAGCAAGCCAAGACCAUUGAAACCCUUGAGAAAGUCCUGCAAGCCUCUGCCUCA